CACGUACUCAUCACUAAUGCCAAGCUGAUCGGUACACGUGCGGCAUUCGAACUUGGUGUUUUGCAUUUAAAAAUCACCUGGACGAGGCGAACAUGGACACAGGCGAAGAGCUGAGGUCCUGGCUGGAGGAGAAGAGCAAACCGUACCCGGCACGUGUUGAAUUCGCCCUGAAAGUCUGGCAAUCCGUGGAGUUCCCCUAUCCCAACAAGUACGAGAUCAUCACCCAAUGGCUUAAUGAAUCCUUGGGCAGCUGCGAGACUCUCCCCACGCAGCAGCUUAGGGAUUUCCUAAAGUUAAGGGCACAACCUGGAUGGGUCACUCAGAAGAUUAAAUUCCAGCUCAUCCAAACUCUGGUGAAGAUUGUCUCCAAGGUUGAGAAUGCGAAUGAAUCGGCAUUGGAACUCCUGCCCAUGGUGCUCAACUUUGAGCUGCUCCAGGAUGCCCUGCGUUCAAAAAACGAGUUUUUAACCGAGUGCUAUGGCAGCCUGUUCAAGUGCCACCAAACAUGCGUGGAGCUCCGCAAGGAGAACACGAAUCAGGAUCAGGAGCACUGGGAUGUGGAGUUCGUGGUGCCGGUGAUCAAGCAGCUAGCCGAGAUUGCCCGUCGCUCUCAAAAGCCAGAAUUGAUGCUUGAGUUUUACGAUUUGAAUACUGUGUGGCCUUUGGUUGAGCUCCUACUCAGCCUGAAAUCCCCGUGCUUGGAGGAAUUCGCCGAACUGGAAAAACAACUUAAGGCAGAGUUCACCCCCGAACGUAUUGCUAAACAGCCGCUUCAUGUAAAACUGUUGCUUUUGGAGGCUGCUAUCCUUAACAAUCGGUACCAAACGGAAAACCUAAAGAUAAUCGUGAAUGCGGUCUUUAAAAUAAGCCAGGAGUCGGAGUUAUCGCUUCCCUUGGCUUCCUAUUUGUUAAUGUCACUGCGCAAGUACGAUAUAUCCCUGCAGUUUGAAAUGGACCAACCAUCUAGCACCGGAUUUGCCUUCGUUUCUGAGCAGCUGCCCCUUUUGGUGCGCCAGUACAAAAAGACUCAUCUGAAAGAAGUUUUGAUACUACUCUGCUCGGCGUUGCGUUUGAAUCCUCUGCUGCUUGAACAGAGUGUCUACCAGAUCACCGUUUGGCUGUUGACGGCACCCAAAGAGAAUCCCGAAGAGGAGCAGUUGUACUCGGAGUAUCUGAUCCUUCUGCUGGACAUGUUCCGUCGCUUGAAUCGAGCGGAACGGUUCAUCAUGAAUCUGCUAAAGGCCCUUAAAGAGUGGCUGGGAAAGUUUGCGCUAGAUGUCCCUCAUAAAGAUGCCAAGAAGCGGCGUCUCCAAGAUAAUGAAACUGUAGACAAUGAGGAGCAGCAAACUGAGAAGCGCUUUUUAAGUUUAAUCUUCAAGGGCACCUCUUCAACUACAGUUCCGUCGGCCAAUGAUGCUUUUAAGCAGCUUACCCAAACCUGGCCAAGUCAUUCCGCCGGUGUGGCCUUCACUCGCUUGGUCAGCAACCUGAUGACCAAGCCCUCGCUGGUGAUUUGGAAGACCUUGUUGUUUUCCUUCGUGGAACUUCUGGAAAAGGAUCAGCCUCAGGGAGUGUUGGCCGAGAAUCUGGACUUUGCUCGUGAACUGCAUGCUGCGCUGCUGUGUCAGUAUUUAAAUGGCACUCGGCUAGCGGAGCAAGUGCAUCUCCAGCAGGUGGAAGUGGAGCAGCAACUGCAGCACACUUCUCAGGUGCUGGAGAUGUUUGGACGACGUUUGCUAAAUCAAGAGCACAAUCGCCGUCUGAUGAACGCCUUCCUGGAGUGCACGGAACGUGCCAGUGGCUUUGAGCUACUCCUAACUCACUAUUGGCCAGAUGGUUUCCCCGCCAGCCAAAGGCCCCUGCAGCUGAGGGGUUUUCUGCCCACCGCCGAGUGGACACUGAUCCAACAAAGGGUGCACAACUUUGGGAAAAGCUCCUGCCGCCAGCGGUUGCAGCGUUUGGAACUGCAGUUGGCAGAGAGUGGUUGGCUGCUGCAGGAUAAAAGAGGAGCCAACUGCUCCGAUGCCUUGGCAGAGUUGGUGGCACCCCAACAACUCUUCCGCCUAUCCAGACCACAAAAACAGCUUCGUUUGCAUCAAAGGAGGCAGGACCAGGACUUGGACUCCCACCUGGAGGAUUCGGAGUGCGUCGAACUGCUUGCUCUGCAGCUGUUAAGGGAAUAUGCAGCCACAGCCAAGGAAGCCAAGGCCAAGGGCUCGCUGUUGGUCAAACUGAAGCUGGAGGAGCAAGUAGAGGAGGCCGCCCUGGUAAGUUUCCUAAGAGAGAAGGCCUCUACUGACAAGGAGCUUCAGCUGCCUUCGGCCCAGGAGCUAGUGCAGUCACUGCUGCGCUUGCCACUGACUCAGUUGGCAAGUUCUAUUCGCUCUCGCCUCUGGUUGGUGAUCUUUGUCUUCUACAGGGAUCUCAGUCAGAGCCAGCUGGUGGAUGAGGCUAACCAAGUACUGGAACUAUUGAUAGAUCUUAUGCACUUCGGUCAUCCGCUUCCCAUCUGCAGUUACUUUCCGCAGCUUAGCGAACUGCUUAACCUUAUUCCCACAAGCACCACGGCGGGUUGGAGCUUCUACGAAUCACUUUUUGCCCGCUGCAUUCGUCGCCAGAGUGCCGGCAGUGAGGCAUUUCUUGCCAGCUGCACGGAGUACCUUAAGGACCAACUGGCGGCCACCAACAAGCUGCAAACGGAGCAGUGUCGUCUCUUGCUGCUGGCCAUCGAAACGUUGUCCAGUGUGACUGGUGCCCAGGGCAGGCGGCUGCAACGCCAACUGCAGCCACUUCUCGAGAUCUAUGGCGAGAUGGUGGCCUACAAGUUUCGGUCCAAGAAGAAGGAGGCUUCCUUGUACAAGGAGUUCGUGGAUAACACUCUGGCGGGAUAUGCAACCUAUGUGAGCAGCUGCAUCAAUCGGGUGGCCAGGCAGGAACGAGAAAGUGAGCAGCAGAACAAGAAGAAGGAGCAGGAGAAGCAGGAGGAAUCGGAGGAGCAGCAGGAACAAGAUAAAAAGAAGAAGAAGAAGAAGGAUAAAAAGAAGGAGGAGGAUAAGGAAGAGGUGAAGGAGCAGCAGGCCAUUGAUGAUAACUUCAGACGCAUCUGUAAGAUCUACAUUGGUCACUCGCUAAACUAUCGCAAUGCCCAUGCCAUCCGCCUGCUGAAUGUUGCCCUCACCCAUCGCCAGCGUUUGCAUUUGGAUCCCGAUGAGAUCGAGUUCGUGUUGAGCAGCUAUUGGCGGCAAUUGAAUACGGAUAUUGAGAAGGGGGACAUCUCAGGCUCGGCGUUGGAUUGUUUGGAACCCGCCAUCAAGCUAAUCAUUGGCUACAAGACCAACGAGGAUUUCCUGCUGCUCCUGCGUCGUCUUUCCUCCCAAGUGGAGGAGAUGCCACGUCCUGAGUCGCCUGCCCAGCACACUGCGCUCCAGAAUGUGCUCACCCUGCUCGCCCUCUUUUCCAAAUGCUCACUUAGCAGCGUCAAGGGAGCGAUGCUCAACGAGCAUUUCGAGCUGAUCAGCGUGGGUGUGGCACUGCGUCUGCCGGAACGCAAGGACUCGGCAUAUCGUGGUCAUGCGCUCCGCCUGCUGGAGGCUCAGCGCAAUCUGGCCGGAAAUCGCACGGUUCCUCUCACAGGAGAGACCCUGGAUUGCCUGCUCGGCAGCAUGUUGGAUGUGGACAUCAAGCACUUGAUUAGCCACGGCGGUAGUUGGCAGGACUUUGUGGAUCUUUACGGAGCACUUACAGAUAAUCUGGUGGUGCUGUUAAAGCAGCACAGCAACUUGAUGUCCGAUCGUGCUGCCCAGCUAAGUGCUUUGUGCCAGGAUCUUGUCCAGGCCAUCGUUGGCUUUCGAGCGGAGCGAAAGCAGACAACGGACAUUACCGAAACGGAGUUGGAUGGACUUGCGGAUUUGGGUCUGAAGUUGGCCACUGUGAUGGCCACAGUGGCCACCACUCAGGCGCUGGCCGUGAAGCGAGUGGCGCCCUUCCUGCUCAUCUUCACCAUCCGUCAGAUGGUGUCCACGGAAAGGCCCACCACGCUGUUUGAAAAGGUCAAGGUCCACAUAGUGCGCGUGUGCCACGAGCUGAUCGGAAUUUGCGAUCACCGCGCCGGACAUUUUAUCCUGCGCUCCAGCAGCGAAGCGGGCGCCAGGAUGUACGAGGGAUUGGUAAAGGAGCACGAGAAGUACCACAAGUUCAGGGGCAAGGUGUAGCCAAAGAAACACCAAGCCACCAACAGUUCUCUUUUCUCUUUUAUCUAUCUUUGUGCUAAUUCUCCUGUCCUCAAAAUAUAUAUAUAUAUAUAAAAAAGGUGCCUCUA